GAAGGUAUGGCGGAAGUGGUUGGGGAGCUGGGGGCCCCCGAGGGGGCGGUUCCCAUUCCCACCUCGGAGCCGGAUGUUUGCCGAGCUUUGACAGGCGUGGCAAAGGGAGCAUUGCCGAACGCGGCUUCAUCUACCCAUUGACCAGCAGAUAAACAUCCAGGCUCAGCGAAGGCAACAGAAGCAGCCAUGGAUCCUCUCUCAGAACUGCAAGAUGACCUGACCCUGGAUGAUACCAGCCAAGCUCUGAACCAGCUGAAGCUGGCCUCUAUUGAUGAGAAGAACUGGCCUUCUGAUGAAAUGCCAGACUUUCCCAAGUCAGAUGACUCCAAAAGCAGCUCUCCAGAACCCGUCACACACCUGAAGUGGGAUGACCCUUACUACGACAUUGCCCGGCAUCAGAUUGUAGAAGUAGCAGGUGAUGAUAAGUAUGGACGGAAGAUCAUUGUAUUCAGUGCUUGCCGGAUGCCGCCCAGCCACCAGCUGGACCACAGCAAGCUCUUGGGGUACUUGAAACACACACUGGACCAGUAUGUGGAGAGUGACUACACACUCCUCUACCUGCACCAUGGCCUGACCAGUGAUAACAAGCCCUCCCUCAGCUGGCUACGGGAUGCGUACCGAGAGUUUGACCGCAAGUACAAGAAGAACAUCAAGGCUCUGUACAUCGUGCACCCAACUAUGUUCAUCAAAACUCUGCUUAUCCUCUUUAAGCCCCUCAUCAGUUUCAAGUUUGGACGGAAGAUAUUCUACGUGAAUUACCUGAGUGAGCUGAGUGAGCACGUGAAGCUGGAGCAGCUGGGGAUCCCUCGCCAAGUGCUCAAGUAUGAUGACUUCCUCAAAUCCACACAAAAGAGCCCUGCAACAGCUCCCAAGCCCAUGCCGCCACGGCCCCCCCUGCCAAAUCAGCAGUUUGGGGUCUCAUUACAGCACCUCCAGGAGAAAAACCCAGACCAGGAGCCCAUCCCCAUUGUGCUCAGGGAGACUGUCGCCUACUUGCAGGCUCACGCUCUCACCACCGAGGGCAUCUUCCGGAGGUCUGCCAACACCCAGGUUGUACGGGAAGUGCAGCAGAAAUACAAUAUGGGGCUGCCCGUGGACUUUGACCAGUACAAUGAACUGCACCUGCCAGCCGUCAUCCUCAAGACAUUCCUUCGGGAGCUUCCUGAACCCUUGCUAACUUUUGACCUCUACCCCCACGUUGUGGGCUUCCUCAAUAUUGAUGAAAGCCAGAGAGUGGAGGUGACACAGCAGGUUCUCCAAACUCUGCCAGAGGAGAACUACCAGGUGCUUCAUUUCCUGACUGCCUUCCUGGUGCAGAUAUCUGCCCACUGUGACCAGAACAAGAUGACCAACACUAACCUGGCUGUAGUCUUCGGCCCUAACCUGCUCUGGGCUAAGGAUGCUGCCAUCACUCUCAAGGCCAUUAAUCCCAUCAACACCUUCACUAAGUUUCUCCUGGAUCAUCAAGGGGAAUUGUUCCCCAGCACAGAUGCCCAGGGGGUCUGAGCUCAGCCCCCACCUCCAGCCCCUUUUCUGGCAGCCCCAGUUGGACUUGUCCUCCUGGCAUUAACCUUAUUGGAGUCUGGGGCUCCUGCCUAGGGAGGGGCUCUGAAGCCCCAGGAGAUGGAAGUUGGAGCCCACUAGCUGGGCAGCCCCACUCUCCCCUCUGUCCAUCCCACCUUACUGGCCCUGGAGGCCUCUGUUACCAUGAGACAUUUUCUUUGCCUUAUACCUCUCACUGCCUCUCUGGUUGCUGGGCUUGGCUCUUCUAGGAUUCAGCCCCAGUAAACCUUUUCCUUUUUCCUGCCUGUUUCCCUGGCAAUUGUAGAAUACAUUACUGCCGGCUGUGCUGGUA